AUGGCCAACAAUCACACCACGUCAGCCACCCUCAAGGCCUUCUCGACGUCGUAUGACGUUACCACGGAGCCCACAGCAACCCGUACCACUGCUACCGACGUCCAGUCGACCUCGGCUGUGAUCCUGGGCUGCAGGGUCCGGGAUGCCGAGACGACGAGGACGACAACGUCGGUGGCGGCCUGCACUCUGGCCCCCAAGAACCCAGCCCGCAGACAUACGAGCAACAGCAUCGACUUCAAAUGCGAGGGCAAGUCGGACAAGACUUACGCCAUCUACUUGAAAGCCAAUUAUCGCGAGGAUGCUGCCAGGCAGCCGAUCAAAGAUCUCCUGGAUAGACGGAAGCAGGAGACUCGUGCAGUCACCGAGGACGGUUCUAACGAGCGACUUUAUUACGAGGUGCGGUCCGAGAAGUUCAAGACGACUUACUUCUACUUUGGGUACAAGAUGUCCGAAGACGUUGCAAAUUGGUUUAAAGGGAGAGAUGAGUCUCGUCCACGGGAUGGGGAGAAGAGCCCUGGAGUGUAUCUGCCGCUGAUUCAAACUCCGCAGAUCUGGAAAGUCUUGUCUGUAGAUAUAGGUGACAGCACAGUAAAAGACUCGAUGUCUACCGAAGAGAGCAGUGGGCUCGAAUACAGAUUUGACUUGAAUGAAGGCUCAAACGACACGUCGCCAUCCCACUCUCAUAUGAAACGAGCAAUCAAAAUCACUUCACAGCAGAAGAAUACGUGGGAGCGCUCCCAGAUAUCGGUGCCACCGGACCGAGAUUGGUACGAAGUGGACGAAGAAGACGACGGCACAUAUGUCGAAAAGUUCGCAGACGGUACCACCAGGUACACUUCUUGGUGGGACGACUCGUACGGUGGCGACCAGACUAUCUAUGUUCUCGACGAGGAUUUCCUUCCCACCCACAAUGAAUUCUCAAACAAUCCACCCAAGGAGAAGCUCAAGACCAACGGUUUUGACCCGCCCUGGGACGGUAAAACAAGCCCCCAUGGAACGGCGGUAGCCGCAUGCGCGGUAGGCAAGGACAUUGGGAUCGCGAAAGAGGCAAGUUGGGUUAUAGCAGGAUUCCAGAAAAAUCAGCACUCAUACCUUGAGAUAAUCGUCAAGGUAGCCGACCAUAUCGACUCAUCGAAGAUCACGCUGGGUACAGCCACAAUGGUCAUGACGACUGGUGUUUUCGCCGAUGACGACGACGACAGGCCCUGGAAGGACUCCAUGCUCCACAUACUCCGCAAGCUCGACUCAGAUCUCAAAACGGUCAUCGCAGUGGCCGCCGGAAAUAAGGACAAGGCUUCAGAUCCGGACACAAUCGAGCAUUGGCCGGCGAGAUUCGGCAUCGACGGGGAAAUUGAAAAUAUGCUCGUUGUUGGGGCAAGCGAUAUCAAUGGCCGGCGUUGGAACCGAAGCCCGGCCGUUCCCAAGAUUGACACUUACGCACCUGGCGUUGACAGCUAUGUGGCGAUUUCAUCCGGGCCAGGAGCAUACGCAGAAAUAUCAGGAACGUCCUUAGCCGCGCCAAGGGUUGCAGGACUGGCGGCGUAUUUCAGAGCGAUACCCUCGGAGUGGGAAGGUUUGGACGAACCGCGGAAUGUCAAGGCUCUCAUCACUAAGCUGCACCGCACGUUCAAACCAGAGCUUAACGAGUUCCGGGGCGAUGGUGCCGAAGAGAAGUGGGAGAACAAGUACCAAGGUGGUGCACCCGAAGAACAGCCCGUCAUCUGGAACGGACAGUCGUUUGACAAGGAGGAUAACCCAACCAAUUGCUUCGAAAACCCCAACAUCCUGCAGUCCUCCGGUAGGAGGAGAGGAAGAUCACGCAAGAGACAGCAGGACGACCAGGAGCCCGAGGGCGCCAGCUGUCCAGCCAUUCCGCGCGACCUCGACCAGCUGCCUCUGCACAACGGCGAGACGAUAGCCCCGAGCAGUCUACAGAUCCCCCCGACGGCGCCCCCGCGGCCGACGUCGUCCAAGACGACGACAGACAUGGGGUGCUGGUGGACGGCGACAGUCACCGAGUGCAACGGGAGCGGCGGCCACAACGCCUGCGUCACGCGGGCCACGUGCACGACGCCCCCGGCCACGGCGUUCCCCACCAUCACCACAGCGCCCAAGCCCACGAUGACCAUACCGGGGAGCACGUGCUUAUCGACCGUGGUGACAGGGUCGUGCAACCUCGGGGUGGGCGCGGGUCACACGGCAUGCGUGGAGAGCACGACGUGCGCGUCGUGGGCGUCGUCGUGGGCGCCGCCGAAGCCGACGGGUGGCUUCUGGCUGUCGUGGGUCAAAGCGGACGGCGAGACGGACAUCGCUGCCGUGGCAGACGACUGGAGCGGCUGCGAGACCCAGCAGAAACGCGGCAGCGUGAUUCAGUACUCGGUCGUCCAGAACACCCGGGACGGGCUGGGCAGCGGCCUGACGCUGCAGAACAACCGCGUCUACCAGCUGUCGACGCUGGCUAUGGCGGGUAACUUCCCCAUGUGCGGAACCGGCACGGGCUUCUACCUGAAUGUGUUCCCCCCGAAGAUUGAUGGCAUUUCAUAUCUGGAUUACCUUCAGUUUGACGGCAUGAACGGCCAAAAUCGUGAGUUCACCGGCUACUGCACUUACACGCCAGAUGGCGACUGGUGUAAGCUGGUCAACUUCUCGCCCAUGUAUCAGCGGGUGUGGCACUGCAUGGUGGAGAACAACCCAGACUGGUGCAGAUCGUUUGAAGUCCCUGUCAAUGUUCCUGGUCCUCCUCCUGAUUCGCCCCCGGACACUCUUGGGCCAUCGUGA